AUGACCGACUACGAGCGCGUGCCCGUGUACAAAGCGCGCCGGCCGGGCUCCUCUUCCGAGGCCGCGGCGUGGCGCAAGUACACGCACCCUCUCAUCUUUCGGCACAAGGGCACGCCGACGCACGUCGAGUUCUCGCCCGUCGCGCCGCACGAUUUUUGCGUGGCGAGCUCGCUGCAGGUCGACAUCUUCUCGUCGCGGAGCAACGCGGUGUACCGCACGCUCACCCGCUUCAAGGACACCGUCUGCUGCACCGCCUACCGGCACGACGGCAAGAUGCUCGCUGCGUCGGACGAGCGCGGCGUGACGCAGCUCUUCGACCUGGGCUCGCGCGCGGUGAUGCGCACCAUGCGCGGCCACACCAAGGCCGUGCGCGCGGUCCGCUUCUCGCCCGACGGAGGGCGGCUCUACACCGGCUCAGACGACAUGCUCGUCAGCUGCUGGGACGUCGCGGCCGAGGAGACGGUGCGGACGUUCGAGGGGCACACCGACGUGGUGCGCUGCCUGCGCGUGUCGGGCGCGGCGGGCGAGCACACCGGCGCCCACCGCCUCGUCCUCUCCGGCUCGUACGACCACACGGUGCAGCUGUGGGACGUGUCUGCGCCGCGGCCGGUGAUGACGGUGCGGAUGGGCGAGCCGGUGGAGGACUGCGUGCUGCUGGCGGGGGGAGGGAUGGUGGCGGUGGCGAGCGGCAACUCGAUCUCGAUCUGCGACCUCCUCUCCGGCGGCAAGGUGCUGCAGAGCGUCGUCGCCCACUCGAAGACCGUCUCGUGCCUGCACGCCGACGGGAGCGGCCACCUCUACUCGGGCGGCCUCGACCGGUUCGUCAAGGUGCACGACUUGGCGAGGUACCAGGUGCUCGGCUCGCUGCGGUACGAGGCGCCCGUCCUCGGAGUCGCCCUCUCGCCCACCCGCUCCCACCUCGUCGCCGCCCUCGCCAACUCGACCAUCUGCGUCGCGGUGAGCGAGGGCAUCGCCGCCCGCUUCGACGGCGCGCACCCGGGCACGUACCGCUACUUCCUGCGCGGCCGCACGCAGGCGCCGCAGGCGGGCGACGUGGUCGCCGGGAGGGGGGCGCCGCCAAAGCUGUCCGGGUUCGACAAGGCGCUCAAGGGGUUCCGGUACCACGAGGCGCUGGACGCGGCGCUGCUCAACGGCGCGGCCGACGUCGUCGUCGGCGUCAUCGAGGAGCUCGUCCAGCGGAACGGCCUCCGCAUCGCGCUGCACGGACGCGACCAGCAGACGCUGCAGCCGCUGGUCGGCUUCCUGGUGCGGAACAUCACGCGGCCGCCGCACGCGCACGUGCUGAUCGGGGUGGCGAACCUGCUGCUCGACAUGUACGCCCCCGUCUUCGGCCAGUCCGCCGCCAUCGACGAGCUUUUCGUCCGGCUGCGCGCCACUUGCGAGGGCGAGGCGCGGCUGCAGGCCGACCUCGCGCAGCUGAUGGGGGCGAUGGAUAAGAAGGCGAAGCAGGCGUCUCCCAUGCUGCCGUGA